CUUGGCGCCGCCUCCGAGCCGCGCUCCUUCCUUUCCGACAUUUCCCCGGCAGAGUAAGUAGGAGCGGCUGAACAGAGCCGCCGCCAUCCGCGUCCAUCCGGCCGGCCUAGAGCCCGCAGGCCACGAUGGCCCCAGCAAAGAAAGGAGGAGAAAAAAAGAAAGGUCGUUCUGCCAUCAACGAGGUGGUGACCAGGGAAUACACCAUAAAUGUGCACAAGCGCAUCCACGGCAUCGGCUUUAAGCGACGUGCUCCACGCGCCAUUAAAGAGAUCCGAAAAUUUGCUGUGAAGGAAAUGGGGACCCCUGAUGUCCGCAUUGAUACUCGUCUAAACAAGGCAGUUUGGGCAAAAGGUGUAAGGAAUGUUCCAUAUCGCAUUCGAGUGCGUUUGUCUAGAAAACGUAAUGAGGAUGAGGACUCUCCUAACAAACUCUACACGUUGGUAACCUAUGUUCCUGUUACAUCAUACAAAGGUUUACAGACAGUCAAUGUUGAUGAAAACUGAACCCCCGAUUGUUUAAAAAAAUAAACAGUAACUUGAUUUUC